AUGGAAGGUGAGUUUAAAUUGAGCUCGGCAGACUGUCAUCCCUCCCUGACAGUCGACGCGUCUCGGGAAUAUCCGAACGUGCAUACCUCGGGACCAGGCCAUACUCCAGACCAUGCACAGUACGAUGUCGAGUCUGCUGUCCCGGUCUUGCAGAGUUCCAUCAAUACUACCCCGGCAGAGACCCGAUUGCCGCCUCCCAUUCCAACCCUUACGCAACGCCAGAACCAACCUGACAAAAUGUCCAUUGCGUACAUCCUCACACCUACCGAUCUAGGAUCAUGGAGCGAUCGACCCACACUCGGCCUCAGAAACGACCGCUCCCCAUCGACCGGACCCAAAGUGGCCACGCCGCAAGCCCAAAUCGAUACCGCACCCUCGAGCCAUGCUUCCGAGGAUGUUCCGAUCAUGCCGAAUAGCUUUCCUUCGUCACUCAGAUUCCACUGGCAAGGGAAACUGUACCAUGUGUGCCGAGUUUGUCGUCGCGACUUCAGACACAAGAGGACUUUGGAUCGCCAUAUGAACGCAAAACACGGUAGGUUCAGACCCCUUCAUUACAAUCACAGCGAAAGUAUCUUCGAGAGUCUUGAUGAAGACCGGGUCCACGAGGCUAGCGCUGGUGAACAGACCACUGUCCCCGGAUCAGGCAGUCCCUGA